AUGAGUGACUCAGAUAGUGAUUUUAUGGAUGAUUCUUCACCUAAGGCAAAAAAGGCUCCAGCCGCUAAAAAGACUACCCCAAAGAAGAAGAAGGAGGAUGCCAAUACUUCUAUGGCAAUGACUGAAGAGGAUCGUAAUGUUUUCACUUCGAUUGAUGACAAAAAAGGAGGCUCGAAAAAGAUGGCCAUCGAAGAUAUCUAUCAGAAAAAAUCCCAACUUGAGCACAUUCUUCUCCGUCCAGAUACCUACAUUGGAUCCGUCGAAUAUACCGAGAAAACACCGAUGUGGGUCUUUAAUAUGGAGGAAAAGAAAUUGGAACAACGAGAAAUCCGUUAUGUCCCCGGCCUCUAUAAGAUUUUCGAUGAAAUUCUUGUAAAUGCGGCAGACAACAAGCAGCGAGAUUCAAAAAUGAACACCAUCAAAGUUGACAUUGAUAAGAAGAACAACCGAAUCUCGGUGUACAACAAUGGAAAGGGAAUUCCAGUCACCCUACACAAAGUCGAGAAGGUUUAUGUGCCUGAACUUAUUUUCGGUACACUUCUCACUUCUUCUAACUACAACGAUGACGAGAAAAAGGUUACUGGUGGUCGUAACGGUUACGGAGCGAAGCUCUGUAACAUUUUUUCCACUAAGUUCACUCUGGAGACAUCUUCAAAAGAUUUCAAGAGCCAGUUCAAACAGACAUGGGUCAAAAACAUGACUCGUGAAAAGGAGCCCGACAUCAAGAAGAGUGAUUCUGAGGACUUCACGAGAAUCACUUUCCAACCCGAUUUGAGCAAAUUCAAGAUGGAUGAACUCGAUGACGAUAUUUGCCAUUUGAUGGCUCGUCGUGCCUAUGACGUCGCUGGAUCCACCAAAGGAGUCACUGUAUUCUUGAACGGAGAAAGAGUUCCAGUCAAGGGAUUCGAGGACUACGUCAAGAUGUAUACAUCUCAGUUCACAAAUGACGGCGAACCAAUCAAAGUUGCCUAUGAGCAAGUUGGAGAUCGUUGGCAAGUCGCCUUGGCUUUGUCGGAGAAAGGCUUCCAGCAAGUCUCAUUCGUCAACAGUAUUGCUACCACCAAAGGAGGUCGUCACGUCGACUAUGUGGCUGAUCAGAUGGUUGCCAAGUUCAUUGAUUCAAUCAAAAGGAAACUGUCAAAGACAGCAAUGAAUAUCAAACCGUUCCAGAUCAAAAAUCACAUGUGGGUGUUCGUCAAUGCCCUCAUCGAAAAUCCAACUUUCGAUUCUCAAACCAAAGAGACAAUGACUCUUCAAUCGAAGCAAUUCGGAUCAACCUGCACUUUGAGCGAGAAAUUCUCUAAAGCCGCUGGAAACGUAGGAAUCACUGAUGCUGUUAUGUCAUGGGUUCGCUUCAAGCAAAUGGAUGAUCUUAACAAAAAGUGCUCAAAGACGAAGACUUCAAAGCUGAAGGGAAUCCCAAAGCUUGAAGAUGCUAACGACGCUGGUACAAAGAACUCUCAACAAUGUACUUUGAUCCUUACUGAGGGAGAUUCUGCUAAAACUUUGGCAGUUUCUGGACUGGCUGUUGUCGGUCGUGACAAGUUUGGAGUGUUCCCACUUCGAGGAAAGCUUCUCAAUGUUCGUGACGGAAAUAUGAAGCAAAUUGCCGACAAUGCUGAAAUCAAUGCAAUGAUCAAAAUCCUCGGUCUUCAGUACAAGAAGAAAUACGAGACGGAAGAUGAUUUCAAAACUCUUCGUUACGGAAAAAUGAUGGUUAUGGCUGAUCAGGAUCAGGACGGCUCUCACAUCAAAGGUCUCGUUAUCAACUUUGUUCAUCAUUUCUGGCCAUCUCUCAUUCAACGAAAUUUCGUGGAAGAAUUCAUUACUCCAAUUGUUAAAGCUUCCAAAGGAAAGGAGGAAGUUUCAUUCUUCUCAAUUCCGGAGUACUCCGAAUGGAGAAUGAACACUGAUAACUGGAAAACAUACAAAAUCAAAUACUACAAGGGAUUGGGUACUUCCACGUCGAAAGAAGCAAAGGAGUACUUCUCAGAUAUGCUUCGCCAUCGUAUCAAGUUCAAGUACGGUGGAGCUGAAGAUGAUAUGGCCGUUGAAAUGGCUUUCUCUAAAAAGAAGAUUGACGAGAGAAAAGAUUGGUUGACCAAAUGGAUGCAAGAGAAGAAAGCCAGAAAGCUACGAGGCCUUGCUGAGGAAUACCUCUACAACAAGGAUACUCGUGCCGUUACUUUCAAGGAUUUCGUCAAUCGGGAAUUGGUUCUCUUCUCCAAUCUUGACAACGAACGUUCUAUUCCUUGUCUUGUUGACGGUUUCAAACCAGGACAACGUAAAGUUUUGUUCGCAUGCUUCAAGAGAGCUGACAAACGUGAAGUGAAAGUCGCUCAACUUGCCGGAGCGGUCGCUGAGAUUUCCGCUUACCAUCACGGAGAACAGUCGUUGAUGGGAACUAUUGUUAAUCUUGCUCAAGAUUUCGUUGGAUCCAAUAACAUCAAUUUGCUUCUUCCAAUCGGACAGUUCGGUACGAGACUUCAAGGAGGAAAGGAUAGUGCUUCUGCUCGUUAUAUUUUCACUCAACUCUCUCCGGUCACCAGAUCUAUCUUCCCAGCUCACGAUGACAACGUUCUUCGUUUCUUGUAUGAAGAAAAUCAACGUAUUGAACCAGAAUGGUAUUGUCCGAUCAUUCCGAUGGUAUUGGUAAACGGAGCUCAAGGAAUUGGAACCGGAUGGUCCACUAACAUUCCGAACUACAAUCCACGCGAUAUUGUUAAAAAUAUCAAACGUCUCAUUGCUGGAGAAUCACAGAAGGCCAUUGCUCCAUGGUAUAAAAACUUCCGUGGAAAUAUAAUCCAAAUCGAUUCAUCGCGUUAUGCUUGUUACGGAGAGGUCGCUACUAUUGAUGACAACACAAUUGAGAUCACUGAGCUUCCAGUCAAGCAAUGGACUCAAGAUUACAAAGAGAAGGUUUUGGAAGCCUUGUUGGACAGUUCUGACAAAGAUAAGAAGGCUCCGCUCGUACUGGACUACAAGGAAUAUCACACUGAUACUACUGUAAAGUUUGUUGUCAAGCUUGCACCAGGAAAACUGAGAGAAUUGGAGCGCGGAGAAGAUCUUCAUCAAGUUUUCAAACUUCAAUCGGUUAUCAACACUACUUGCAUGGUCCUUUUCGAUGCAGCUGGAUGUCUUCGCACUUAUAGUUCUCCUGAAGAAAUUACUCAAGAGUUCUAUGAUUGUCGUAAAGAGAAGUAUAUUCAAAGAAAGGAUUAUCUUCUCGGUGUUCUUCAAGCUCAAAGCCAACGUCUCACCAACCAGGCUCGUUUCAUUGUCGCCAAAAUUAACAACGAAAUCGUCAUGGAGAAUAAGAAGAAAGCUGUCAUUGUCGAGACUUUGAUCAAGAUGAAGUUCGAUCCAGAUCCAGUUAAAAAAUGGAAGGAAGAGCAAAAGCUCAAAGAGCUCCGUGAAUCUGGAGAAAUUGAGCUUGACGAGGAGGAUCAGGUUGAUGAUGAUGAGGAAGACGGAGAGGGAACAUCUGCAUCGUCAUCUACAAAAGUUCUCGAAACCAAAUUGUCUGACUACGAUUAUCUUGUUGGAAUGGCUCUGAUCAAGCUUUCCGAGGAAGAGAAGAACAAGUUGCUCAGAGAGUCGGAAGAGAAAAUGGCCGAAGUGAAGUCAUUGGAGAAGAAAACUUGGCAAGAUCUCUGGCAUGAGGAUCUCGACAACUUCAUGUCCGAGUUGGAGAAACAAGAAGCACGCGAGAAGGCUGAUAUCGAUGCUAGCAUUAAAAAUGCUGCCAAGAAAUUAGCUGCCGAUGUGAAGGCUGGACGUGGAUCAAAGAAGACUGUUGUUGCUGAAGUUUUUCCAUCAAAGGACGGAGUCCGCAUUGAGCCAAAAUUGGAUGCAGCUACCAAAGCCAAGUACGAAAAGAUGGCUCAACCCAAAAAGGAGCGUGUCAAGAAAGAACCAACAGAGCCAAAGGUUGAGAAGAAGGAAGGACAGGAUAUCAAGAAGUUCAUGUCUCCAGCUGUUAAGAAGUCUCCUAAAAAGAAAUCACAAGACGGCGAUUUUGAAGAUCUAUCAGAUGAUACUGAUCUAGAGUUUGGAGAGGAGGUUACAAUGAGCGACGACGAUGAUGAAGAGCGUGAGGAAGUUGUGUCCAAGCCAAAGCCUCGUUCCGAGAGAGGAGCUGCCAAAGCUGUCAAGCCAAUUGUCGACUUGUCUGACGAUGAAGAGAUGGAUGGCACUCCAGUGAAGAAGGCACCACCAAAGAAACGGAAGAUAGAUUCGGAUGAGGACGAUUUCAAGAUUGAUUCUGAUUCUGAUUCUGAAAAGAAGAAAAAACCAGCCACCAAGAAGCCAGUUCCAAAAAAGAGAAAAAGCGAAUUCAGCGAUUUGGACGACGAUAGUGACGAUGAAGAUGAUAAAAAACCAUCUACCAGCAACAAAAAGGCUGCACCAGCAAAGAAGGCAGCUCCAAAGAAAGUGGAGCCAAAGAAGGCAGAGCCAAAGAAAACUGAGCCGAAGAAGAAGACAAUGGACGAGUUCUUUGGAAAGAAAACUUCGAAGAAGGCAGCUGGAUCCGACGACGAAGACGAUGACGAUAUUGUUGUUGCUCCAAGAGAGAAGAGCGGAAGAGCUCGUAAGCCAGUAGCAACCACCUAUGUUGAUUUGGAUUCGGAUUCAGAAUCUGAUUCUGGACCAAAGAACAAGAAGAAGCGUGUCAUCGACUCGGAUUCUGAUUAG